CAAACAGGUUCAAGGACGGUUAAGGUUGCUCAAAUGAAGGCGGGAUAUCCGUUCCUAUCCAAAAAACUCCAAGCACAGUGAAAGUGGAAUAAAAAAAAGUUGGCUUUAGACAUACUGAUAUAAAGUCAGUUUUGCGUCCCCCUUGAAUUAGCGAAGGAAAUGGAAUGUAGCUGAUCCUAGAUCGGGUCCUAGAUCCCUCGGGGCAUUUAUACCCGGAGCUGAAACUACAAAACAAGUCAAUUGGUUGUAGUCUACUUCCUUGUUUUCUUUGAAACGAAAUAGCUCCAUACACAUAAGAAAAAAGAGAAAUACAACCAUGACUUUCCUUCGAAGGUUUGCGACUAGGCACUGCUCUCUCUCCCGCGGUUUGGGUGCUCUAUCCCCGGCGUCUCUUGGAGCUCCAGGCUCGGUAACGUUACACCGGCUGAGAGUGGAAACGCUGCCCGGCGGAGGACGCCCUUUCACCGGAUACAAUGACACACACACCCGCUGGCUACACACCGAGACGCCAGAGCCCGUAGAAGUGGAUCUAAAGCGACUAGAUGGGGAGGACACUGGUAUAGCUGAGGUGUUGAUGUGCCGUCAGAAGGCAAGGAACGCUCUGGGCCGUGUGUUUGUCUCUCAGAUGAGGGAGCUGGUGUCCUCUCUACACCAUGACUCAGCUGUGAGGGUGGUGGUCUUCAGGAGUCUGGUACAAGGGGUCUUCUGUGCAGGAGCUGAUCUGAAGGAGAGAGCUGAGAUGAACCACUCUGACUCCGAUCUGUUUGUUCACGGCCUGCGCUCACUCAUGACUGAAAUCGCCUUGUUGCCCAUGCCGACGGUUGCAGCGGUGGAUGGCUUCGCCCUUGGAGGGGGUCUGGAGCUGGCGCUUGCCUGUGACCUUCGCACAGCUGCCUACUCUGCACAGAUGGGUCUGAUUGAGACAACGCGGGGGCUGCUCCCAGGCGCGGGGGGCAGUCAGAGGCUGCCCAGAGCAGUGGGAUUUGCCCUGGCCAAAGAGCUGAUCUUCACCGGCAGGAAAGUGGAUGGACAGAGGGCUGUGGACAUAGGGCUGGUCAACAGAGCUACGGAGCAGAAUCCAGACGGAGACGCUGCCUAUAGAGAGGCACUGAGUCUGGCUAGAGAGAUCCUACCACAGGCUCCCAUCGCUGUGAGGAUGGCCAAGGAGGCUAUGAACAGAGGCAUGGAGGUGGACAUCACAUCAGGGAUGGCCAUAGAGAGGAUGUGUUACGCCAGGGUGAUCCCGACAAGAGACAGACAGGAGGGGAUGGCUGCCUUUAUAGAGAAGAGACCCCCACGCUACACUGGAGAGUAACACACAUGGAGACUGCUGUUGCGUGAUUGUACACAAACCUAAUUUUCAUUCCUUUAAUAAAUGUUUUUUUAACUGCAGUUGUAAUAUAUUUUAGCAGAUGGAUCAUGGAUGAGUGUUUGAGAUAAAGGUAUAUAGUAAAACUGAUACAGUACUAGUUUACAGCCGAUGGGGGUGUACAUUCUUUAUUUCAGAAACAUGAAAACAUGACCCUCAGCAGCAACAUAUGCAAAUAGAUUCCCCUUAGAUCCACCCAGUUUCAUGAAAUACCCAUACUGAAAGAAGAAACCGACUGUCACAUUAGGGGAAUGUACAGACAAGACUAAACUUUCCCACAGCUUCAAUCACAGUGAGGAUGAAAACUCACAUUUCAUAUUCUGUCAGUAUAAUGUAGAUUAGGAUACUGACUUUAGUUUGCAGUUUAGUUUCUUCUGUACAUUGCCCUUGAUGCCAUAGAGGGAUAGUAUGACCCAUGCAGCAGUAGCAAGCACAUACAAGCAGCAAGCACGUAGGCUGAUUGAAAUCAAGCAUGUUGAGAUUUGCCAGCAGCAAUGUAAUGUAACGUCAGUCUCAGUUGCAUAGAGAAUGGAGACAGGAGCAGUAGCCUAUAGCAUUAUAAUCACAACCAGGAUUACGCUCAGGAGGGUGCAACGUACAGAACGUUGCAAAUAGAAUUGCCAUGAAUAGAGCUGACAUGAUUCCUUUACUCUCCAUGUCAGAAGCAUGUGUGUUACACACAGUGUAUUUCUGAUUCAGAAUGUUCCACAACGUUGGGCCUGAACAAGGCCCUGAUGGGAGAGCGCAAUCAAGAUACAAUUCCAAAUUGACUGAAGCCUUCUAUACACUUGUGUACAUCUGAAAGGACUGUAUAGGGUUAAGCAAUAUGGCAAAAAUCCAGAGCAAGGUGGGGAAACUGACAUUUUGCUUACACCUAUUCAAUUCUUCUAAAUUAAGUGCCUAAAGGGUAAAGGCUAAGGGUCGAUUUGGGAUUGAGCUACUCUCUCUGCUGCAGAAUUCCCCCCUCAGUUUCGACUUCUUUGUUCUAUUAAGUACCUCAUUUGGAAAUAAACCAAUUAAAAACAUG